GGGCAGGUUCGCAGUGGUGAGCAGUGCCUGCGCUUCUAUGAAUCUUUGCGCGCACAGUUCGCCCGCUACAUGUGAUCGCUGAGACGACGGGUUCCACAUAAUCACACAAGCAGCGUCCCCUGACAGCCUCGGAUGGAACAGAGCGCGAAACGCAACAAAGGGGUCUUAAACUAACACAAAACCCCCAUCAUCAGUACUAAAAUGAACUGAUUGUUCAAGUCUUUCUGGGAAUUGGAUUUGUCUUUUCUCUAAAAGCCCAGGGGAGCAAGAUUAAGUUUGGGAAGCACAUUUGGCUGGAUGUAAAAAAGUGCUUUUGUGGCGAAACGAGAGGAAGAAAGAAGGGGAUUACGAUUAGUCAGUGAGUGCGCGCGCCGGAGCCCCGGCGGUGAAGGACACGGGACGCGAGGAGGAGAGACUGAGCGCCCAAAGUUCCACUUGAGCCGGACACUCUGAGGCGAUCUGUCCGGGGACAUAUUUUGAUAACACUUAACGUCACUGGAAUGAGGUGAAACGCCUCUUGAACGUCUCAUUGAAAACCAAUGAUUUUUUGCUAUGCCACCUGGGAUGCUCCCAAUCCGAGCCCUUGCUGCCACAGCGCUGCUGUCUGUCCUGUGUGACGCAGGGGACGCAUGGGCCGGUGACCGCUACCCCAUGUUCUCCCGCAACGAUACCGUGUUUCAGCACCUGGCGCUGCACCCUGACCUCGCUGUGGGCGCGGUGUAUGUCGGUGCCAAAGAUCGCCUCUUCCAGCUGGACAAGGACCUGCGCUUGCUGAAGACGGAGGAAACGGGGCCCGUGACUGACAGCAAGGAGUGCUUGCCACCCAUCACAGAGAGCAACUGCCCCCAGGCGCGGCGUACAAGCAACCACAACAAGCUGCUACUGGUAGACCCCUAUUCCCAGGAACUCAUCACCUGCGGCAGCGUCAAUCAGGGCAUCUGCCAGAAGCGCAGCCUGGAGUCUGUCAGCCAUGUCCUCUUCUCAACCGAGAGGCCGGUGGACACUCAAUAUGUGGCAGCCAAUGACCCCAAUGUUACCACCGUGGGCCUGGUAGUGCGGUCUCGAGGUCGCCAGCCAGUGUUGUUUGUGGGAAGGGGCUAUACCAGCAGCCACCCGCCCAUCUCCACACGCAACCUGGCCUUUGAGCCCGUCUUCUCCUACGAGGAGACGGCAAAGCUGGCGGUGGCAGGCCGACUCUCGGAAUACGACCACCACUUUGUCACGGCCUUCUCCCAUCGCUCACACGUUUACUUUCUCUUUUACCGGCGAGACCUAAAGUCUCAGUCGCGAGAGUACAGGACGUACGUAUCGCGCGUGUGCCUGGAUGACGCCUCCUACUACUCUUAUGUUGAAGUGCCCCUGGCAUGCCGUUCCUCCGCAGGGAAGAACUACAACCUCCUGCAGGCUGUGGGUGUGGGCCUGCUGAGAGACCGAGGGAACAACUUUGUACAGGGGCAAGGAGGGGAGAGGGAGGUGCUACUUGGCGUGUUUGCCACCCGCAUGGCUUCCUCUAACAGGCCCAGCGAAGACUCGGCACUGUGCAUGUUCCACCUGGAUGAGCUGGAUCAGCAGAUCAACUCGACGCGAGACCUGUGCUACACCCGGGACGGACGCGAUGGGGGCGCCGAGGCAGCAUAUAUUGAGUAUGAAGUCAAGUCGAACUGUGCCAACCUGCCCUCGAACACACUGGACGCCUAUCCCUGUGGAUCAGACCACACUCCCAGCCCGAUGGCAAGUCGGGUAUCGGUGGAGGCAGAGCCGAUCCUGGACAGCCCGUCGGCACGUCUCACGGCCGUGGCCGUCAGCGUGAGGGCGAACCAUACCAUCGCCUUCUUGGGAGACUCCAAAGGAAACCUGCACAAAGUCUUCCUCGGCCCCAACGGAGAAGUGGAGGAGUACGACAUCAUCCCCAUACAGCCCGGUGCGGCCAUCAGCGGCGACCUGUUCCUGGACCAGGCCGAGGAGCACCUGUUUGUAAUGACCGCUUCCAGGCUGGAGAAGAGGCCGGUGGCCGAGUGCUACGAACAUCUGGACUGCCAGUCUUGUCUCUCUGCCCACGACCCUUACUGCGGCUGGUGCGUGCUGAGCGGAAGGUGCGGCCGCCUCUCGGACUGCCCCCGCGCCCAUCAGCCCGGGCAGUGGCUGUGGAGCUUCGAUAUGGAGCAGCAGUGCCUCACUGUGCAGACCCUGAGCCCGUCCAACAUCAGCAGGGAAGAGAGGAAAAACAUUGUCCUGUCUGUGCCUGGUCUGCCAAGUCUGGAGGAAAAGGAAGUGUACUCCUGUUAUUUUGGGGACUACGAGAGUCCUGCUGCCCUCACCGACACUGGGGUUGCCUGCUCUUCGCCUGAUACAAGCAGCGUGCCGCCAAUGCACCAGGGGCAAGAUUAUGUCACAGUCACGCUGUCCCUGCGCUUCCUCAACGUCACUGUUGCGGCAACAGACUUCGUCUUCUAUGACUGCAGUGCCGUCAAGCAUCUCUCUGGAACCAUGCCGUGCCGCGGAUGCGUGACCAGUCGCUGGAGCUGCAACUGGUGCAUUCUGCAGCACUUGUGUACGCACAAGCCCGCCUGCGAAGAUGGGAUCGUUAUUUACAACGAGCGUUUCAAGCUACCCACGUCAGGGCCACCCACAGUAAAAACCACAUCACAUGCGACAACCACAAAUCUGGCUCCCACAACACUACCGCCAGCAGAGAUCCCCACGACCACUAUAAAUACUACAGCCGCAACUACGGCGUCCGCUACAACAACCACCACCCCGACUCCAGCACCUACCACCACCACCACAACCAUCACUACAACCACAACUGUAUCCACAACCAUGGAAAUCACCACAGAGGAGCUGAUGAUUACUACAGUACUUCCGGCCACUACCCCAGAGCCCACCGUUGUGCCUACUGCCCCUCCAACAACACCAGCUCCCACCACUGCUGCGCCUACCACAAUGACCCAAGCUACCACCAUGGCCAUCACCACUGAGGCCGUUGUCCAUCAGGAAGAGGUGGUGACCUCAAAAGAGAUCCUUGAUGCUGUAAAUAACAAUCCUGGACAAAUCCCUGCCAACCGUGAAGAAAACGGAACGGAGACAGAGUCGGUAGCUGUCGCUGGAGACGUGGAAUCGCAACCUGUCGAGAGAGACGUGGAACUGUCACCUGUGGCAAGUGACGUGGAAUUGACACCUGCCGCUGAAGAUGUGGAAUUGCCACCUGUUCUGAGCGAUGUGGAGUCAUCGCUGGCAGCGGGAGAAGGGGUCUCGCCACCUGUUGUGAGCGCUGCGGAAUCUCUACCAGAUGCGCCUGAAGCGGGUGAAGAGCAGCAUCCCCCCACUGGAGACGCUGUCACUCCCGUAGCAGGGCCUCCUGUGUAUCCCAUUGCAGAGACGAUCACCGCCUCUCCCACAAGUAACACCCAGGUGCUGGAGGACGUGCAGUCCAUGGCUGAGCCCCCGACUGAAAUCCCUCCCACAGUUGAGGCUCCUGCUCCCCCUCCGUCUCUGUUGGCAGACCCAGUACAGUUUGACAAUGGUUUUCGCUCGCCACUGACGGAGGCCACAGCUGUGUCUCAGCCCAGCCAGGCCCCAGUGGGCGGAGGAGAGGCCCAACACAAAGAAGAGCCAAAGGCUGACAAUGACACAGCCCCCUUCUCUGCAGCCACAGUGCUAUCAGGUGAUGGAGAUGCUGAGAGUGUAGCGCAAGCCUAUCCCCGCCUACUGGACUCCGAUUCAGAGCCCGACUACCAGUACGACUCAUAUGGCUCCUUCCUGCCGGCAGGCGACAGCUUCUCUGGGGUGUGGGGUGAGUCCGCCUGCCCCUGCGUGGAGGCGGUACAAGGCUCGUCCCUGCUGCCGGUCAACGUGGACAGGAAGAUCACGCUGAUGGGACGCAACCUUCAGCUUUUCCAGGACACAGAGCUGGACUACGAAUGUGUCCUGGUGAUCGAGGGCCGCACGGUUGUGGUCGAUUCAUAUGUAGAAAUGGACGAUACGGACUCCUCGCUCUUCUACAUCACCUGCCAGCUGCAUCGGUAUUCGUACUCCGCCUUUGUCGAGGAGUACAAUGCCAUGGUGUACGUGAAGAGGAGAAACGCCUUUCACGUGGACAGCUCCAAGAGCCUGUACGUGACGCUUUACAACUGCUCGGUGGGCCGAUCGGACUGUAGCCGCUGCCACACGGCGGACCGCAAGUAUGGCUGCGUGUGGUGCGGUGGGCCACGCUCCGAAUGCCUCCACAGGGACUCCUGCACGGAGCGAGUGGAGCAGACCUGCCCGGCACCCCUUAUCCACUUCAUUGAACCUCUGUCCGGCCUGGUGGAGGGGGGCACGGCGAUCACUAUCUCUGGCUCCAACCUGGGGCAGAAAGCCCAGGACAUCCAGCAUUCUGUCACCGUGGCUGGCAUCCCCUGCACGGUGAUCCCUAACCGAUAUGAAGUCUCCUCCAGGAUCGUAUGUGAAACCUCAGGCAGCGGUGAAGAGAAAACCGGUCAGGUGUCUGUAGAAGUGAGCGGUGGAGCAUAUGGCUUUUCCAGCCAGAAGUUCAGUUACCUGGACCCCCUGCUGAAGAAAGUGUCCCCACAAAGAGGUCCCAAGGCAGGAGGGACCUCUCUGACCUUAACAGGAAGAAACCUGCGCACAGGGAGGACCGGUGAGAUCGGCGUGGUGAUUGGGACUGUGCCAUGCCUCAUCUCAUCAGAGAUCCAGCAAGACAGUAUUGAGUGUGUGACUGGUAGCAGUAACAUCACAGGGGCUCACAAAGUAACUGUGCGCUACGGUAACAGUGAGCGCCACCUGCAGGGGACAGCGUACUACUACACCUCUGAUCCAAACAUCACUCAAGCUGCCCCUUCUAAGAGUUUCCUCAGUGGCGGGCGGAUGAUUCACGUUUCGGGACACAACCUGGAUGUGGUCCAGGAGCCUCGGAUUCAGGUGACUGUGUCACCGUUGGAGUCCUUUCAGCAGAGGAGGAGGAGGAGGAGUCCUAGAGGACUGGCUGGGAACCAGGGCAGGCUCCUGUGGAGGCGCCGUCGGAUUGUUCCAGAGGCAGACUGUCCUCAAGGCACCCUGUGCUCAGUGAAACAGUUUGAGGAGCGGUGCCAUGUGAACAGCAGCACGCUGCUCCUGUGCAGGACACCUGCGGUAGAGACGCAGGUGCACCAAGCUCGAGUCCAAGUGCACUUUCUUCUAGACAACCUACGCUUUGACUUCAGAUCCAUUAGCACUAGCGACUUCACCUACGAGCUCAAUCCCAUCUUGCACCCGCUCAACAAGGAGGAUCCCAACACGCCUUUCCGCUACAAACCAGGAAGCGUCAUUUCUGUGGAGGGUGAGAACCUAGACCUGGCGAUCUACAAGGAGGAGGUGGUGGCCAUGAUUGGGGAGGGCGUGUGCUCUGUGAAGACCCUUACCAGAAACCACCUGUACUGUGAACCCCCGCCUCAGCAGCCCUCACCGGGCCUUGGCAAGAAACGAGAGGGAACAGAUUCCCUCCCCGAGUUCACGGUCCAAAUGGGGAACCUGAACUUCUCACUGGGCAAGGUGCAGUACGACACGCAGAGCCAGUCCACGUUUCCCCUGGAAGCCCAGAUUGGCGUAGGGGUGGGAGCUUCCAUCGUCGCCCUCAUCGUGCUCAUCAUUGUCCUCAUUUACAGGAGGAAGAGCAAACAGGCCCUAAGGGACUACAAGAAAGUCCAGAUUCAGCUGGAGAAUCUCGAGACCAGUGUGAGAGAUCGCUGCAAGAAGGAGUUCACUGAUCUCAUGACAGAGAUGAUGGACAUGUCAAGUGACCUGGUUGGCUCUGGGAUCCCCUUCCUGGACUACCGCAUGUAUGCAGAGCGGAUAUUCUUUCCUGGCCAUCGCGAGUCCCCAUUGCGCCGUGACCUGGACGUGCAGGAGUGCCGGCGGCAGACUGUAGAGCAGGGCCUGGUGCAGCUGUCCAACCUGCUCAACAGCAAGCUCUUUCUCACCAAGUUCAUCCAUACCCUGGAGAGCCAGCGAACCUUUUCGCCACGGGACAGAGCAUAUGUAGCCUCUCUGCUGACUGUGGCUCUGCACGGCAAACUGGAAUACUUCACAGACAUCCUUAAGACCCUGCUUAAUGACCUGGUGGAGCAGUACGUGGCCAAGAACCCCAAGCUCAUGCUCAGAAGAACUGAGACAGUGGUAGAGAAACUCCUGACCAACUGGAUGUCCAUCUGCUUAUACGCCUUUCUACGAGACUCUGCAGGCGAGUCCCUCUACAUGCUUUUCAGGGCCAUAAAGCACCAAGUGGACAAAGGCCCGGUGGAUGCUGUGACGGGGAAGGCCAAGUACACCCUGAAUGACAACCGCCUGCUCCGAGAGGACAUAGAGUACCACACUCUUACCUUGAAUGUGCUGAUGCAGGGAGGUAUGGACAAUGAGGCACAGCCUGUUCCGGCAAAAGUGCUGGACUGCGACACUAUCACACAGGUGAAAGAGAAGAUUCUGGACCAAGUUUACAAAGGCACCCCUUUCUCCCACCGGCCACAUACAGAUUCCCUCGACCUGGAGUGGCGGUCAGGUGUGGCAGGCCAUCUAAUCCUCUCAGAUGAAGAUCUGACUUCUGUGGUUCAGGGAAGAUGGAAGCGCCUCAAUACCCUGCAGCACUACAAGGUGCCUGAUGGUGCCACAGUGGCAUUGGUUCCCCGCCACAGCAAGCACAUCCACCAUGAUAACCACGACUAUGUGGCAGGAGAGAAGACACCCAUGCUGGAGGAUGCGGAUGAGGGCGGGGUGAGGUUGUGGCAUUUGGUGAAGGCUAGUGAAGAGGCAGAGCUGCCCAGGCACCGGCGUGGCAGCCUGAGGGAGAGGGAAAGAGCCAAGGCCAUCCCUGAGAUCUACCUCACCCGGCUGCUCUCAAUGAAGGGCACGCUGCAAAAGUUUGUAGAUGACCUGUUCCAGGUGAUCCUCAGCACUAGCCGACCUGUCCCUUUAGCUGUUAAAUACUUCUUUGACCUACUGGAUGACCAGGCUACACAUCAUGGCAUCUCAGACUCUGAGACGAUACACAUAUGGAAAACCAACAGUUUGCCUUUGAGGUUCUGGAUCAACAUCGUCAAGAACCCGCAGUUCAUUUUUGACGUUCAGGCCUCGGACAACGUGGAUGCCGUGUUAUCUGUGAUCGCCCAGACAUUCAUGGACUCCUGCACCAUUGCUGAGCACAAGCUUGGCAGGGACUCGCCUAUUAACAAGUUGCUGUAUGCCAGAGACAUCCCCCGGUACAAGCAGAUGGUGGAGAGGUACUAUGCAGAUAUUAGACAGACCAUUUCUGCUAGUGACCAGGAGAUGAACUCUGCUCUGGCAGAGUUGUCCAGGAAUUACUCAGGUGAAUUGAAUUACCUUGUUGCCCUGCAUGAGCUAUACAAGUACAUCAACAAGUAUUAUGACCAGAUCAUCACUGCCUUAGAGGAGGACACCACUGCCCAGAAGAUGCAGCUGGGUUACAGGCUCCAGCAGAUCGCUGCAGCUGUGGAGAACAAAGUGACUGACUUGUGAUGGGGAGGCAGGAGGAGCCUCAGCACUGACAUGGGAAGAGGAGGAGGUAGUUUGAAGGGAGUUGAGGAGGCACAAGCAGGAGACGGAAUGGAAUUUAGAGGUGAAGCAUGAUCCUCUCCUAUUUGCUCUAGACCACGAUGGUCUACGGAUGGAACGAGGAGCUCUCCGAGAGCCAAGGGCAGGGGCGGUUCCUACUCCUGCCUCCUCCUGCAUUUUUCUUUAACUUUCUCUGAGAGCAGAUAGAAACCAGGAACCUAGCAAGAUGCAAAGGGACAUUCCUUCAGAUUCCUCCAGAGCUUUUCAGUUCCACUGAUUAAAGGAUGACGUUUCAACACAGCACUAAUGUUGCACAAGGAAGGUUGAAACAGAGUAGGAAAAAGACGAGAGUUUCAGAUGAGCAAUUCUUGGUUCCCAUUGUCAGUAAGUGAUGCACGUCCAUGCGAAAUGUUGCCGGUCCAAUUUUUAGCAUCUUUAGGAAGUAUUCAUACCUUUCAGCCUGAACUAGCUGAUGUCAGGCCAUUUUAUUGCUGAUGACUGUAUUUCGGGCGUUACUGGUGCAUAUGCUCAGUUUUCUUUGUAAUCUGCAUUUGUUGCUUCAUGUAGUGGUAUAAUGAAUAUGGCCAGAGGAGACGUCCUGAGAAACAGAUGAGGGCAAGAAGAGGACCUUGAGUUUUGCUUUCAGAUCCAAGAGAUCACAUUCCAGCCUGGCUCAUAAAGCAGCAUCACCAGCACUCCUUUCUUGGAGAACUGUUCCAGUAGUCUGAAGUCAGGCUUCUUGUCCUGACUUGCAUUACAUUUUUUAAAAUCAAGUCUCUCACAAGAAAUGACUUGCAGAAAGUUGUCAUUUUUAAGUGUGUGUGUGGAACGUUUUCUUUCAGAUACAUUUUACACUGAAACCUUAGUUGGAUUUUAAUGUUCCCAUAGGUAAUCUUAGCUGCCCAUCACUCUCAUUGGAGCCAUUACACUGCUGAUAUCCGUCCAGGCAUUAAAAAAUGUAUGACGUGUACAGUCAAGACAGUGGGCUUGAGUGAACGGCUUAUUCCGUUUGUUCUUUUGGUGCAACAAGAAUGGAUAACAAGUAACUGUAAUUAUGGAUGAGUUAGGCUAGGGGCUUUUCCGUCAGCAACGAGAAUCAGAUUUCUUGUCCAUAAUUAAUUGAUAUGUUAUGCUAAGGAUGACUAAAAAAGUGACAUUAAAACUGCUGGAGAAAAAUUAAUUUAUCAUCCACUAGGUUAGUGUGGUCCCUUGAAAUCAGUUCUAUCCAUUCAGUGUUACCAGUGUUUUUGCUGGUUUAUUCUCAAAAUGGUUGGCUGGGGGGGGGGGAGGCUGCUAUAUUAGAAAGCCCCAGAAAUUGUACAAAACUUGUUUGCUUGCUUUCUUUUUAAAGAAGGGUAGUAAAGGUACUUGGAUUUGGGUUUAGACCAGUACAAAGUUAUUGGAGUAUGGAUGAGUAUCAUCUGCUAAACCGUAUACCUUUGUGUAUAAGAAUAUGAGCCUUUUUCUUUUAUUAGGUCUUUUAUUAUUGAUUUUUAUUGGUAAGAGUCACUGGAGGAAUGUUUUCACCAUUUUAACAAGUUGUACAUUAGAGGUUGCAUUUCUGUGCUUAUUAAUCUUAUGCAGUUUCUAGAUGUCUGGAAAUUGCAGCAAGUUUAUCUAUUUUUCCCCAUUAAGGUACAAGUUUUCUUUCAACACUGUGCUGCAAACACCACUUAACAUUUUCUCAUCCGGUUAGCUGCACAAAUAUUUUGGCGCGCAGAGAACAGCGAAAUGGUUCGAAAGAGGCCGGGCCUUUGCUGAAACAGUGUUCAUCACACCCAAAAGCGCAUCAGGCAGGCACUGCGAUGAGGCUCUCCUGUUACCAUCUCUCUCGCACGCAGUCUGAAACCGCUUGUCCUAAGCGGGUUUGCGGCAAGCCGGAGCCCAACCCGGUAGCACG